AUGCCGUCCAAGUCGUCGUUGAUCAACGUCGGGUCGCUCAACGGCGACGAAACCACGCCGUUACUUCGCCCGUCCGAUAAAGUACGUCGCGCGUUCGGCGUCUUGUUCGCGUCUCUUGCGGUACUUCUCGCGCUGGUGCGCGCGUACGGUGUCACGCCGCUGUUGAGCCUCGUUGGUCGGCGUCGCGUCGCGUUUGCGGUCGAUGUCGGUUGCAUUCCGGUGCGCGUCAUGGACGAGAGCCCCGUCGCGGAUUUCUUCGAGUACGACAUCACGGGCGUGACGUUGCAACUCAGGGGCGAAAAGCCGCAUGAGUUCGGUGGUGUGCAUCACAAAGCAAAAUUUGGACGAAAGCUCACUCGCUCGGGCUUCUCGACCGUUUUCAAUGGGGAGUUUACGGUACCGAGCCGCGCCGAGUACGGCUUUGCGCUGCACAACGCCAACGGAGACACGAUCUUCGAACUGGGGCGCAACCCAAGGUUACCGCAUAAAGGAAUGCUGAUGAACAGUACGUGUACGACAGCGGUGCACGCGGGGGGCGGAGUGUAUUACAAUCGAGUGAUUCCCAAGCGCGCGGGCGAGGUCAUGACACGGCGCCGGGGCGGCGUCUAUGAAAUCUCGACGACGUACGCAGGGUGCCUGAAGGUGUGUCCACUUACGGUCAAACUCAUCGCUACGGUAAAUCCGAGUGGUGGAAGCGCCGAUAACGUGUUCGGCAUCGAAGAAUCGAAGGCUGCGACGGAUGCUUGGCGGCCGUAUAAAGGACACUUUACGCAAGUUUCCGCUGGCGAAUUCAACACAUGGGGGCUUGAUUCCAACACCGGCGCGCUCGCAUGGACGAGAAACGUCGACCUAAAUCCCUUCGACAGAUCAAAUUGGAACGAAGCGACGAACAACGCGCGACAUUUAUCGUAUCCACCGGACGGGCCUGUGGUUGAUUUCGACGCCGGGUACUCAACGGUUUACGGCGUCACGCGGACUGUGGACUCAGCCGGUGGCCGCAUCUGGAUGCGCCCGGUCGACGGCUCGGGCGAUUGGCGACAAGCUGGCAAAUAUGAUGAAUCGAGGCUCAUUCAAGUCACCAUCGGUCGUAGCUUUCUCUGGGGCACGAACUCCCUUGACGACGUGCACAGGUGCCCCGAUCCUUGCGGUCCCGGCUCGCAGUGGGCAUUUGCAAACCAGAGACAAGUCAAACAAAUAGAAGUCGGCGACAUGGACGCAUUUGCUGUGCACACAUCUGGUUUACAACUAUUUACGACUCGGGAAGACGGCGUUGGCGGCUGGUCCUCUAUUCCUUUGCCCCCGGGAUUCUCGACGACGAUCAACCAAGUCGCCGUCGGCGCGACUAGUUUGUGGAUGCUCGAUGCGCGCGGUGAGCUCUGGAUGUGCUUGCUCCCGUGCGCCGGCGGCGGCGCCUUCAAAAAAAUCCCGACUGCGCCCGCUGGGAUGAUCUCCAUCGAUGCAGGUAAGGUUCCCCAUGAGAACAACCGGCGUUAG